AUGAACAAUGCCACUGUUGAUGCUGAUGCUAAGGUUCAGUGUAUAACCAAGAAAUCUUCUGAUGAACUGCUCAGGAAGUUUGCUGAAUUGGGUUCUGAUGAUAGUGGCAAUGCCCUGAGGAGGAAGAAGAAGAAAAAGAGGGAAGAUGGUCAAGGUGGUGGCACCACCUUAGUGGAAAUGUGGUCCCUUCUUCCGCCGCCGGCAACUCGGAGGACGGCGGUGCUCCGGCGACUCGGGAUUGGGAGGGCCCACCUGAGGGCAAGGGAUAUCAGAAACAAGUCCCUUUUGGGAAUCAUUGGAAAGACAUGGCGUGGAACUGUAGAAGGGGCUUCCAGAGUUUUCAUGGAGAGGCAUUAUCAUCGCCAUAAGCGUUUGAUCAGUGAUAUUGUUUAG